CACUAGAGGCAGUGCUGUAGAUUUUUGUUUAAGCACCCCGAACGAGGAAGGACACAAAACAACCCGCGUCGACCAUGGGCAGUGUAUUCGGAAAAGAGACCGUGAAAGAGCCCGCGUUCAAGACGGUCCUCCAGCGAUCGGGGAUCGUUCCCACUCCCUACCAGAUCCGCGAAUACGGAACCCGUUUCGUAGGUGAGAAUUUCGCGCGAUUGGUCGCCACGGAACGUAGGCAUGCUGUGCAUUAGCACGGGGGGUUUCCUGACAACGCUUUGCUUUCCCCCGCUGGUCGGGCUGUUUGGUUUCUCCCUCUGUUGUGUGAAUGGAAACGGAACGAAACGAAUCGAAUCGAAUGAAAUCGAACCCAAAAUCCAGCCGAGGUGGAAUACGCCGGCGGCGACAAGAACACCGGAACCCCGUUCCGGGCACUGGCGAGAUACAUCGGCGUGUUUGGAACGGCCGAGAACGAAGGCGGCGAGGCCAUGGCCAUGACGGCUCCGGUGGCCAUGGAACAGAGAAAGGGCACCCCGAUGGCCAUGACGGCGCCGGUGGCCAUGGAAGGGACGACCGAGGGGRCGGGGCGGAAGCGCAUGAAGUUUUUCCUCCCGGAGGAAUACGACGCGCUCGAAAAGAUUCCGAAACCGACGAACCCCGACGUAAAGAUCACCGAGCUUCCGCCGCAGGUCGGUGUGGUCCACAGGUACUCGGGAAGCCUGACCGAGAAGCUCCACGACGACAAGGCCAGGGCCCUGUCGGCGCAGCUGCGGGAGGACGGGAUCGACCGCAUGACGGAAGACUACGUGCUGCAGCACUACCAGUUCUGGGGRUACAACCCGCCGUUCACGCUUCCAAUGUUCCGGCGCAACGAGGUGUGGCUGGAACUGACCCGAGAAGAAGUCGAGGUUCUCCGCGAAAAGUUCGGGACGGGAGAGAUGAACUAGAGGACGAACACCAAAAGAAUGAUUCGGAACCCGAACCUCGGUCGAUGGAUGGAUGCGCGCAUCCAUCUAUACUGGUUUUUCGAAGCCUCGAGAAUAGAUGUGGUCUGAGUGC